AUGGAGGGAAGCCGCUCCUACGGAGUUCCCUCUGGGGCUGCUGACGGCCGGGCGGAGGGUGCUGGUCAGGCUGGGCGCUUGCCUGCGUCCCCCUCCAGAGAUGUUCACGAGGGUAUCGGGGAGAUGAUCUUACCUUCCGCAUCGAUUUUAGACUUGAGUCAUAGUGGUCUGCGCCACUUGGGAGAGGUCUUUAAAAUCCCCACCCUUCAGCAAUUGCAUCUUCAAAGGAACGCCCUGUGCCUGAUUCCUCAGGAUUUCUUUCAGUUGCUGCCGAACCUCACCUGGCUGGACCUCCGACAUAACAGAAUUAAGGCGCUUCCCUCCGGGAUUGGAUCUCACAAGCAUUUGAAAACUUUGCUUUUAGAAAGAAAUCCUAUCAGAAUGUUACCUGUGGAGCUGGGGAACGUCACCACCCUAAAAGCACUGAACUUGAGACACUGUCCUCUGGAGUUCCCCCCCCAGGUUAUCUUGCAGAAGGGCCUGGUCGCCAUCCAAACCUUCCUGCGGAUCUGUGCGGCGGAACAUUCCCUCCCCAGAGACUCAGCCUCUCAAGAGAUUUCACCAAUUAAAAAGAUGCACCUAAGUGGCCUUCCGAAUCCUGUGUUGGAACUCCCCGGAGAGUGUGUGUCUAAGGAAGAAACCAUUAACCCUCAGGAUCCACAGGGGACUGUGUUGAAAGAAAAGGCAGACUUUCUCCCACCUGUCGAAAGGCUAGACCUGAGUGAACUCAGAAAGUCCUGCGACUCCCCCGAGCACUGGCCCAGCGAGGAGGAGAUCAGGCGCUUUUGGAAGCUGAGGCAGGAGAUUGUUGAGAACGAAAAAGCAGAAGUUCUUGCAAAUCAGCUCCUACCCAUGGAAUUACCUCCAAAUCUCAAGGCAACAUUAAGCAGUGAGAAAGGGCGUCCAAAGCCAAGACACGUUUUCAGAAGGAAGAUGCCCUCCUUCAGGAACGUCCUGCCUGAUCUGCCGUCCUCGUACCAGACAGUGAUUCGAGCAAAAGCCCUGGAAGAGAGUCGAGCGGCGGCGCUCAGGGAGCUCCGGGAGAAGCAGGCUCUGAUGGAGCAGCGGAGGCGGGACGCGAGAGUGCUGCGGGACUGGCGCCAGCAGGCCCAGGUGAUGAGGAAGCAGGCGGAAGGGCUCAGCAGACGCCUGCCCCGGCGACGGAGUAUGGUGGCGUCACAGAUUCCUUUUGUCACGGAUCUGACACAUGAUGGGGAAGCACCAGUGACUCCACUUGCAAAAGGGAAACAGAGCAAAGAGAAAGUAUCACAAGCAAGUAAAGAAACGAGUGCUCUCGGGGCGGGGGAUUUGGAAGAGAAGAUAAAACAGCACAUGCGGCAAGUGCACGAACAGAGGAAAAGGUGCCCGGGGACGGCCCCGCUGGAGCAAAUGAGAAAGGCUGCCGAGGAUUUGGAGAUGGCCAAAAAGCUGCAGGAUGAGGUCACGAAGCUGAAACUGAGAUGGAGCCUGAACAAGGGGCCUCCGCCAGCAGCUCUCCCUGGAAACCCGCCGCCUCGCCCACCAGCGCCCCAGCCUCAGAGUAUGUUUUUUAACACGAAAUAUUAA